AUUCAAAAGUCUACUAGUCGACUUACGUGUCCCUUAUUGAGAACAAUCAACGAAAAAAUAUACGUCGGCAUAAAUUUGUUUCAUAAAUCAAGAUAAAUUUAUCAAAUAAAUUAAAAAAAAAAAAAAAACAAUUAAUUAUUAAGAAAACAAUCGUAAAGGUGGCUUUUGGCCUAUAGAUUUUGUUGGGAUAAUUUGAAAUCGCUGUGCCAAGAUGAAAAUCAAAGAGUUACAGAAAACUGUGAACAUUGCAUGGUCACCAUUGCCACAGAAUCCUAUUUAUCUGGCAGCCGGAACUGCAGCUCAACAAUUUGAUUCUAAUGCAAAUUCAACAUUGGAAAUUUAUUCGACAAAUUUUGGUGAUCCCAGCUAUGAUUUGGAACUCAAAGCAUCAACACCUAGCCAAUAUAGAUUUCAGAAAAUUAUUUGGAGUCCUACCGGCUUUGGAGCUACACACAGCAAUGGUUUGAUUGUGGGCGGUUGUGAGGGUGGUCAUGUUAUGAUCUACUCGCCUUCAAAAAUGUUGGCAAACGAAGAUGGUUUAAUUGCAAGACAAGAUAAACAUACCGGUCCGGUAAGUGGUUUGGAUUUUAAUCCAUUCCAAAACAAUCUUUUGGCAUCCUGUGCUUCAGAGUCGGAGAUUUUCAUAUGGGAUUUAAAUAAUACCUCAACACAUAUGAAUCCUGGCACCAAAACUCAACCUUUCGAGGAUGUAAAGAAUGUUGCUUGGAAUCGUCAAGUGCAACAUAUUCUGGCAUCGGUAUUUAGUUCAAGAUGUGUUAUUUGGGAUUUACGUAAAAGCGAACAAAUUAUAAAACUUUCUGAUACUCAAUCCAGAGUACGUUGGCAUGCUAUACAGUGGCAUCCGGAAGCAGCCACACAAGUAUGGUUAGCCUCCGAGGAUGAUCAGGCGCCGGUGGUACAAUUAUGGGAUUUGCGUUAUGCCACGGCCCCGGCUAAGACAAUGCAGAUACAUCAACGUGGUGUCUUGGGUAUGUCUUGGUGUCCACGAGAUAUUGAUUUAAUGGUAUCAUGUGGUAAAGAUAAUCGCAUCUAUUGCUGGAAUCCAAACACACAAUCUGCUGAAGGUGAAAUACUGUCUGAAGUAGCCACAACAGCAACGUGGUACUCAGACGUACAAUGGUGUCCACGUAAUCCUGCUUUAAUUUCCAGCUCUAGCCUAGAUGGCAACGUUUCCAUUUAUUCACUAUUUGGUGGUGUUCAACAGCAAGUGCAGACGUCCAAUAAAAUUGCCGAUUCAUUUCCGGGUAUGGAUCAGUUUGCCCAGGCUCCCAUACCCCAACAGGCGGCUCCAAUUGUAUAUCAGGAUUUGAAAUAUGCACCCAAGUGGAUAAAAAAACCGAGUGGGGUAACAUUUGGCUUUGGUGGCAAACUAGUAUCUUUCAAUAACAAAACAAAAACUAUAAAUAUUUCCCAAGUAACCACUGAGCCUGUUCUUGUCGAAAGGGCUCAGGCUUUGGAAAAGUCUUUGGAGGAGUCCAAUUUUGUUGAUUACUGUCGAAAAAAGGCCGACGAAAUGCCCGAUCAGAAUGGUCGUUAUUUAUGGUACUUUAUUAAGGCCAACUUUGAACGUAAUCCUAAAGAAGAAAUUCUAAAUUUAUUAGGUUUCAAUAAGGAGGAUACUGAUGGUAAAUUCUCCAAAUAUUUGCCCGAAGAAGAUGCUAAUCAACAAAGUCAAGAUAUGGAUCAAUUAAAUAAUCGUAUGGCCCAAUUGACACAUAGUGAUUCAACGGAUGUUGAAUGUGAUCAAAGUACUGAUGGCAGCACAAAUAGUUUUAUGCAACAACUUGACAAUAAUGCAAUAUUCGAUGGAAUUGCUGCUUCACAGAAAACUGUUGCAAGUGAUGAAGAGUUGACAAAGAAACCUCAAUUUAAAAUACCUAGCGGAGAGCAUGCCGAUAGUCUAAUUACUGAAGCACUGCUCACCGGUAACCUUGAGGCUGCCGUUCAGUUAUGUUUGAAUUCAAAACGUAUACCCGAAGCAUUUAUAAUAGCCUCGACAGCUGGUAUUGAAUUUCUUACAAAAACACAAAAUCGUUAUUUGCAAGAACAACAAAGUGAACUGUCCAAUGUAAUUUCGGCAUUAGUGACACGCGAUUGGAUGGAUUUUGUAACACGAUGUACCAUCGAUUCGUGGAAGGAAGCGUUGGUGGCUGCCCUCCGCCACAGUGAACGUAAACUGGUAGACAUCUGUGAAAAGUUAGGUGAUCGUCUUUUAAAUGAGAGUGUUUCCAGUCUGGACUACAUACGCAAUGCUAUGCUCUGUUACAUAUGUGCUGGUAACAUUGAUAAGCUGGUAACAGCUUGGUAUAGUUUGAAGCAGUUGGAAAAUAAUAAUCCAAAUUAUAAAUUGAGUACCACAGAACUGCAAGAAUUGGCCGAGGUGGUAAUGCUUAUGAAUAAAUCAUUGGAAGAACAAGGCAUAGCUGUUGAGUUAAAUACAAAGGUUGCUGACUUUAUAAAGGAGUAUGGUGGCCUUCUGGUGGCUCAAGGUGCUUUUACGGCCGCUUUGACUUAUAUUAUGGAAAUAAAAGCAUCAUCCACCCAUCCAGAAUUAGAUGAUUUGAAACAACGUAUUGUUAAUAUUGUUCAACCGCAGCCAAAACAAUUGCAACAGCCGCAAUAUGGUAAUCAAAUGAUGGGUCAACAAAAUGUCCAUCAACAACGCCUACAGCCUAGAGGUUCGUUUUCUCAUCAAAAUCAAAACAUGAGUUAUUUGGCAACUUCCAAUAAUGCCAACCAAUAUGCCUCCACAAAUACAUGGAAUUCAAAUCCUGUUGGCAGUCCAAUGGCUGGAGGUGCGUUUAAUCAGGCAGCACCACCACCCAAUGCUGCACCAGUACCCACAUUAUAUAAUCCUAGUGCCGCAAUUCCAACACCCGUCAAACCACCCACUAAUGAUAAUUUACCCCAACCUCCACGUCCAUUAAGUACGUCUUCAUCUCAAGGUGGUAGUACAAGUGGUGGCGGUCUAAUUUCCAGAGCCAAAUAUGUGUUGGAUCCAUCGGUGGCUCCUGCUGGGCCUAUGGGAGGUUACGGCAAUACAUAUCAAGCUCCACCACCAGUUCUUCAACCAACCGCGGCACCCAUUCAAGCACCAUCUACAUUUAAUACAACACCAUUUAAUGCUGCUGCACCAGCACCACAAAUAAUGCAACCAUCAUUUAAUUCAACGCCUUUCAGUAAUAAUGCCUAUAUGCCUGGAGCUGGACCCAUGGACACAGCAACUGCUGCUAUUCCACCACCACCAAUGCAAAAUAUUCAACGCAAUCCCACACCACCACCUGGAUGGAAUGAUCCACCAGCAUUGAAAUCGUCAAGACCGAAUCCGUAUUUUUCCCAAAACCGUGCAAAUGAAAUGUCAGCCACACAUGCAGGUACUCGUAAAUGGCAAAAAGUCAUAAAUCAUGAGAAGAACAAUGAUUAUGAUAUACCUUAUGCUACGAAUACUACUCAAGUUCACAGCGAAUCCUCAAAUAAGUAUCAGCCCAAGAAACCAGAAGCCCCAUCAGCCCCAGUUCCUAUAACUCAUCCCCUGUUUGGUGUUGAUCCCAAUCAAAAUCAAAAUGGUUACAUGGAUCCUAAUGCUCAGUAUCAACAGGGAGGUAUGCCACCACCAAAUCAACCAUUGAAUGUAUUGAAUCCAGCACAGCCUCCGCAAAUGGGUUCAUAUUAUAAUCCAGCCACAGCUAUGCAAAAUAAUAAUAUGCCGCCACAACAAAAUAUGAAUUUCCAAACAUCUGCUAUACCCCAACAGCAGUCACUGCAACAACAACAACAAGUGCCGCAAUGGCAAACACAGCCAACCCAAUCCGUGGUAGGUGGCUACAAUGACCCGAAUCAGCAACAACAAGCAACUUUACCAUCUCAACGCCAACCAGAACCACCCAAACAAAAACCGCCACUACCAGAAGAAUAUAUUUAUCUACAAACUGUACUGGAGGAAUUGAAGACAAACUGUUUGAAUGCCACUAAUGAUCCGCGUACUAAACGUAAGUUUGUUGACGUAACCAAACGAUUGGAGAAUCUUUACGAUUGUCUAAGAGAUAAUAGGCUCCAUUCCGCAACCAUUGAUGCUUUGAAUCAAAUUAUACAAUUCAUUCAAAUUGGUGACUAUGGCAAUGCCUUGCAAGUACAUACUCAAAUUGCAUUUGGCUCAGACUUCUCCCAGUGUGCUGGUUUUAUGCCCGGUCUUAAGGUGCUAAUUCAGUCGGCGUCUGAUUUGCAAGUGUAUCUACGAUAAGAUUAAAUGCGAAACGACUUUUAAUUUGCAAUACUAUUCCAUAAUAUUAUUUUUUGUAUAAUUACAUAUGCAUUCAUACCUUUAUAUGUUCUGUUAUAAUAGUUUAUUUUUUGUGUGCAUUUUAAAUUCCCUUAAAUUUUACACAAAACUCAACGUAACGUUUGUAAUUUGUGUAAAGAAACAAAGCAACAAGUGGCUUUAUUUUUCGAUGUUUCUCAGAAAUGAUUAUUUAAAAAUUGUGUCGUUCAUUAUCCCCGUUACACUGUCUCGACGUUUCUGGUGUUUUUAGUUCUAUCAUUUGAAUGUCAUUAUCAUAAUGUUUUUGAGAUCCCCAUAUACAAUUAUUGUUUAAAACAAAUAAUGUGAACGAAAAUAUGAUAAUAAAUAUAUUAACUUCUAAGUUCAGGA